CCAGUACCAGAGCUCCCCUCAUCAUUCACGGAUAACCAACCACGGACCACUUACCACAACAGCCAGCCACAACAUGAAAGUAUUUGCCCUCGCUCUGCUCUGCCUGGCAGCCGUUGCCCAGGCCCAUAUCAGCUACAAGCUGCAGUGCGCCCGCGGCGAGAUCGGCAUCCGCUGGCCUAGCUACCACAGCAACUCCGAGUACUAUGUGUGCCAGGGCAUCUACGGCAGCCAGCUGACCAUCCACUGCCCGGCCGGCGAGGUCUUCAGCUUCGUGCUGCAGCAGUGCGCCUCUCCCUCCCAGUAUGUCCCAGCCCCGCCAAUCAAUAUCCUGCCCACUGCUGCCCCCAUCACAAUGACCGUCGUGGAGGAUGCUCCUCCAGUGAUCGGUGCCGGUAUCGCCACUUCCGCUCACAGCCAACUCGAGCAGCAUGAGACCGCCGAGCACCACGAGCUCCACGAGCUCCACGAGCACCACGAGCACGAGCACCAGACCGAGCAGGAGGUUGUGGCUCACCCAAUUCCCCCGACCCCAGCCCCAGAGCCACCAGUUGUGGAGUCGGCCGUCAAGCCAGCUUCCGCUCCUAUCCCCAACAAAGGAGUUAAGAAGCCGGCCGUCCCAGUGCCCGCCAAGAAGGCCACUUCCGCCAAGAAGCCAGUGGCUCCCAUCCCAUCCAAGACCGCCAAGAAGCCCACACCACCCAGCAAGGCCCAGAAGAAGCCAGCCACGGCCUAAGGGUCCCAUCCGGAUCGCCAGUUCAAUGUCCAUCGUUAAAGCAAGCGGAGUUCCAUUCACAACUCAAAAUAGCAAUAUAAACUAACUAAAUAUCUAUCCACCUGCAACCGGCAAAAA